AAUAGUUAGCUAGUUUGGGUGUGGCUAAAUUAUUUUAAAAUGGCGGCUUUUCUUACUCUGUUUACUUUUUUGUUCAUUAUUGCUCUUUUAUGCCUUUUUAGGUUCCUCUACUUGGCGAGCAGGUACGGGAAACCCUCACCAAACAGAAAAGGGCGUCCAUGUAAGACCAUGAUUGUUGUUGGGGCGGGAGGACACGGAAUGGAAAUGACUAGACUCCUCUCAUCACUGAACAAAAAACAGUACAAGCCAAGGAUAUACGUGGUUGCUCAAAAAGACGCCAUGAGUAGGAAUAAAGUGGAAAAACUAGAAUCGGAGCCUGUAAUAUGGGGAAUAAUGCGAGCUAGGGAAGUAGGACAGAGUUACAUAAGCAGCGUAUUCACAACUUUGGGAGGAUUCUUUCAUUCACUACCUCUUCUACUUCAAGCUAGACCAGAACUAAUUCUAUGUAAUGGGCCUGGCACAUGCAUACCUGUUUGUCUGGCUGGCUAUUUGUUUAAAUUCAUUGGAGUCAAUUCAAAAUUGAGACUAGUUUACGUCGAGAGUGUUUGCAGGACAGAGAAGCUCUCUCUCUCGGCCAUUUUGUUGUAUUAUUCGUAUAUUGCUGACGAUAUUAUUGUCCAGUGGCCACAGCUGGUGGAGAAGUAUUCAAGAACUAAAUAUCUUGGAAGACUGUUUUAGAUUUUAAUUCUUUUAAUUUUUGAGCAAUUUUUGGACAUUUCGAUGCUUUAUAUAACAUUCCUCAUUUCUCUCUA